CGCAGACAGGAAGUGUGAGCAGCAUUUUCCACCGUCCAGCUCUAUCACGGGUUUUAUAAUCAGCAUAGCGCUCCAUACAAUCCCCAUACGUGUUAAAACAACACCUCUCUGAGCGAGUGGAGUUUCGUACUUCGUUUUUAAAGGUCAAACAAUUCCCUGUCCUCACAGACGCUGCUGGCUGCUGUACUGUCUCUUUAACUGAAGGGGUCGCGGCUGAUCCUCCGCUCGCUCCUCUGGCUCCAGCUCCAUUCAUGAAUAAGACAACAUUUGUUGGAGGAGGGAAACUUGUGCUGUCGCAUCUGAUUUUUUUUCAGAUCAGCGGACCGGAUGCGAGGGGCAGGCAGCAGCCAGAUGUGUGCACCGCUGUCGGCGACACGGCUGAGAGCGCAGAAGUGACUUCCCAUGGCCGAGCCCCCUGCUGAUGGUUUUGGUUUCACGUUGCGAGCCGUCAGGAGAAGCAGCAGCAGCAGCGGGAGGAGGAGGAGGAGGAGGAGGCAGCUCGUUCCAGCUCUCAACCAAAACAUGCUCGCUGCCUCGCAGAGUUUCGUGAUAUUUACGUGCUUCCGUCCAGACCGAGUCCCUCUGGUUUAAAUAGCUCAUCACUUCCGCCUUCCUUUAUUUUUUCCCCCCUCCUCCUUCUUCUUCUUCUUGUUAUCUGCUGAUAUUUGAAAAAUCCAUCAGCGGAGCUCUGGACCUGACGUACCGAUGGGGCAGUGAGUCAUGGCAGCAAAGGAGGACCUGUACGCCAAAGUGACACCGCGGAGGCAGCGCCAGAACCGGCCCAACACCGUCAAACAUGGCUCUACUCUGGACGUGCUGCUGUCCAUGGGCUUCCCCAGGACCAGGGCAUUGAAAGCUCUGGUUUCAACCGGAGGCAAAAACGUCCAGGCGGCCUGUGACUGGCUCUUCUCUCAUUUGGAUGACCCCUUCCUGGACGACCCCUUGCCCAGAGAGUAUGUGUUAUACCUGCGGCCCAGUGGACCUCUGCUCCAGCAGCUCUCCCAGUUCUGGAAGCAGUCGCGCCUCACCUGCGGGAAGAACAAGGCCCACAACAUCUUCCCUCACAUCACCCUCUGCCAGUUCUUCAUGUGUGCUGAUGAGAAGGUAGAGGCCCUGACCGACGCCCUCCAGGCCACCGUGGCCAAGUGGAAGGGACGCAUCCCCAUGCCUCUGCCCCUGGAGCUCUACAUCUCCUCCACCUUCAUUGGACUUUUCGUGGAGGAGCAGAUGGCCGAGGUUCUGAAGAGUUUUGCCGCCGACUUUGCGACCGAGGCAGCAUCUAAAGCAGACGCCCACGUUGAGCCCCAUAAGAAGCAGCUUCACGUCACUAUGGCCUACCACUUCCAUACCAGUCACCUUCCAGUUCUGGAGAAGCUGGCCAAAAGCCUAGACGUGGCCGCUGGCUGUGAUUGGCUGGCCGUGCUCCUCUCCAGGGACAUUCGCUUUGCUAACCACGAGACGCUUCAAGUGAUGUACCCGUACGUGCCUCAGAACGACGACGAGCUUGAGCUGCUGCAAGGCGACUUCAUCUUCAUGUCCCCGGUGGAGCAGAGCACUGCCAGCGAGGGCUGGGUGUACGGCACCUCGCUGGGCACGGGGCUGUCCGGCCUGCUGCCCGAGAACUACGUGAGCCACGCCGACGAGUCGGACACAUGGGUUGUUCACGGGUCUCACUCCUUUCUCAACUGUGCCUCUCCGUCCACGUCCGGCAGCCUUGCGGGAGGGCUGCUGUUUGACGGACAGCUGAACGACAGUCUGCUCGACAGUCUCAUGGAUCCUUCCAGCCUCACCGGCCUCUGUCCGCCUAGGCAGGUGUCGAAGCCAGGCGCCCAUUCCUCCUCGUCCAGGAUGAGGCUGUUUGUGUGUCGGCACGGCGAGAGGAUGGACGUGGUGUUCGGCAAACACUGGGUCAGCCAGUGUUUUGAUUCCAAAGGUGGAUACGUUCGUUCUAAUCUCAACAUGCCGUGCAGCCUCCCCCCCAGGAUCGGAGGUCAUCGGGACUAUGAAAAGGAUUGCCCCAUUACUGUGUUUGGCUCCACCCAGGCCCGUCUAGUAGGUGAAGCCCUGUUAGAAAGCCACACAAAAAUAGACUUUAUUUACUGCUCUCCUUCGCUCCGCUGUGUCCAGACUGCUCAUCACAUCCUCCAAGGUCUCCAGCUGGAGGCCACGGUAAAAAUCCGCGUGGAGCCCGGUUUGUUCGAAUGGACCAAAUGGGUUUCAGGCACCUGCCUCCCCGCUUGGAUCCCACCGGCUGAGCUGGCGGCGGCGAACCUGAGUGUUGACACAACGUACAGACCUCAUAUGCCCGUAAGCAAGCUGACGGUGUCAGAGUCCUACGACACCUACAUCAGCAGGAGCUUCCAAGUGACCCGAGAGAUCCUGACAGAGUGCAAAAAUCUGGGAAACACGGUCCUGAUUGUGGCCCAUGCUUCCUCCCUGGAGGCCUGCACUCGCCAAAUACAGGGCCUCAGCCCCCAAAACUCCAAGGACUUUGUCCAGGUUGUCCGAAAGAUUCCCUACUUGGGCUUUUGCGCUUGUGAAGAAAUGGGAGAGACGGGCGUGUGGCAGCUGGUCGACCCGCCCAUCUUGCCUCUGACACAUGGACCCAAUCACAGUUUCAACUGGAGGGAAAUGCUAAUGCAGGACUGAAGGAUGUGCCGUGUUGCUCCCUCUCUUUUUGUCAGCCUGAACCCCUGAGACAUUAUUUAUUUUUCUUCCUUUUUACGUCUCUAGAAUCCCAUCCAAACUACCGAAAGGACAAAGAGAAACACAGCGUGGCUUCCAAUAAAAGACAUUAUGCAAAAAAUGAAUAAAUAAACUAAAAAAAAAUGGCCAAUAAAUUGCAGCUAUGAUAUAUAUGUAUAUAUAUAUAGACGCUCAGGAAAGAGAAAAUCCAGUCUGUGGUGAGAUCACAGCAAAAGCAAGCUUCAGGUUGGAUGGCAUUUUGCUGCCUGCCUCCAUGGCACUUAUUAACCGAGUAUGUGGAGGUGCUACAGAGGAGAAUCGGACGCUUUUCGAGCGAAGCGACGAAACAAGAUUUUCAGCCGAAGCGCCGUCUCUGUCUGCGCCCCCCCCCCCCCCCCUCCCUCUGGCGGAGGGGAAGUGGGUGGUGGCGACUUUGUGCUCUGCUGCCUUUUCACACACUGUGACAUGCAUUAGUUGAGACACACUUGCUCCACAAGAGAUAUUUUUUUCCACGUGUCAAAAGUGAUUCUUUAACUUGUAGCGACGUCCCCACCGUAAAAGAAGCACAGUAGAAAAGGUCGACAAUCAGAAAAGGGGAGCACUGUCUGGUCUUAAUUAUUUUGUUAUUGUUGAGGUCGGUUUUGAAAAUUUCUCUUAUUUCUGUUCUGCUCCUGUAAAUUCCAUAUCACUUCCUUCCCGCCGUCACACUUAUGAGACCGCCUGAACGUUUGACCCGCUAGUAGAGCCUCUGCCCACGUAGCUCAUCUAGAGACAGCUAAGCAGACGUAACAAAUGAAGUCUAUUAUAUUAAUUCACAUGAUUAACUGCAAUGUUACUGUUAUGCAGGUGCCUCUACUAAAAGUUACUGCUCGUUUGUCAAUCCCCAUCCCUGAAACUGUGUAAGCCUCGCAAAGACUUUGCUUUUCAAACAAUUGGUGCAUUUUUUUUUUUUUUUUACAUUAAAUAAUUUAAGUACUUAUUGCUUAAAGCAUAUUUUUGUUGUAUGAUUUAAAAUCUGUCCAUACUCUAUGAAUAAAAGACAGUUUUUGGAGUUGUUA